UUGAGCGGCGCAGACGGGCUGUGAGGGAAAUGAAUAUGGCGAGCGGAGGGAGUGUGAUCUUGGUGACUUUGUGCGCCGUUGCUCUGUGGUCGGGAGUCGGGGCUGCUCACCUGGCCAAGCGGGAGAUGGGUAUCGACACGUCGAGGUAUUACAACUACGAGGAGAUGACCGGGCUGCUGAGGGGUCUGGCCGAGGCGAACGCCGCCCACGCCAGGCUCUUCAGCAUCGGCCAGAGCAUCGAGAACCGUUCGCUGUGGGUCAUGGAGAUCUCGACGACGCCGGGCGUGGAAGUGCCGGGCAAGCCGAAGUUUAAGUACGUGGGCAACAUGCACGGCGACGAGACGGUGUCCCGCCAGGUGUUGCUCUACCUGAUCCAGUACCUGCUGGAGGGUUACGGCCGCGACGAGCGAGUCGGCCGCCUGCUCAACACCACCGACAUCUACAUCCUGCCCAGCCUCAACCCGGACGGCUUCGAAAGGUCGGAGGAGGGCGAUUGCAGCGGCGUCCACGGCGGCAGGAGCAACUCCAGGAACAAAGACCUCAACCGCAGCUUCUUGGAUCAGUUUAGCCGGGUGGAGGUGGACGAGGCAGACGUGCCUGAAGUGGUGGCCAUGGAGAAGUGGAUUAAAGAAAACAAAUUUGUGCUUUCUGGGAAUCUUCACGGUGGAUUUGUUGUUGCCAGUUAUCCUUACGAUGAUUCGAGAAAUCACGUAGAUGCAGGGUACUACAGUAAGUCCCCAGAUGAUGAGGUAUUUAAAUACCUGGCCAAGACCUAUGCCUCUAGGCAUCCAGUGAUGAAAACUGGCACACCACACUGCAGUGAAGAGCCUGAGGAAACCUUUCUUGAUGGGAUCACCAAUGGAGCCAUGUGGUAUGAUGUUACAGGUGGGAUGCAGGACUACAAUUACUUGUAUGGAGACUGCUUUGAAAUCACACUGGAACUCUCCUGCUGUAAAUACCCAUUGGCCUCUCAAUUAACAGAAGAAUGGAACAACAACCUCGACUCCCUUCUAAGUUUAAUGGAGCAGGUUCACAUUGGUAUUGCAGGAAUUGUCACAGAUGCAAUUCUUGGCUCCGGAAUUUCUAAUGCAGUUAUUGUGGUUGCUGGCAUUGAUCAUAAUAUUACAACAGGGAGGUUUGGUGACUUCCACAGAUUGCUUGUACCUGGAAUAUACAAUAUAACAGUUGUUGCGCAAGGUUACAUUCCUGUUACUGUUUUCGACGUUGAGGUGCUAGAGGGUCCAGCCACACAACUUAACUUCACACUCCAAUCUCUAGUAACUUCAGAUAACAAUACCAUCGAGACUAUCACUCCAACCAUGGCAAGCUCUACUGAAUUCAAGACACAAAACACAUCUGAAAUGGAAAAUGUACACCAGUCUAAUACUAUUGAGCCCGAGAACUUCAGACAUCAUAAUUACAUAGACAUGGAGAUCCUAUUGAGGAAAUAUGCAACAGAAUAUCCAGCAAUCACAAGACUCUAUACAAUUGGGAAAUCGGUGGAGCAAAGGAAUUUGUAUGUCAUGGAAAUAUCGGACAAUCCAGGCAUCCAUGAAAUGGGUGAACCUGAAUUCAAAUACAUCGGAAACAUGCAUGGGAAUGAGGUGGUAGGCCGUGAGCUCCUCCUGAAUCUUAUUGAAUACCUCUGUAAUAAUUAUGGGACAGAUCCUGAAGUGACCAACUUGGUGAAUAAAACCAGAAUCCACAUCAUGCCUUCCAUGAAUCCUGAUGGAUAUGAAGUUUCAACAGAAGGGGAUGUGGAUGGUGUGAUUGGUAGAAACAACAGUAACAACUUUGAUCUGAAUCGCAACUUUCCUGAUCAGUUCUUUCAAAUCACUGACCCACAACAGCCUGAGACAUUAGCUGUGAUGGAUUGGUUGAACAGGAUUCCUUUUGUGUUGUCUGCUAACUUACAUGGAGGUUCCCUAGUGGUGAAUUACCCUUAUGAUGAUGAUCCAGAUGGCAAAGAAAUGUACAGUCGGUCACCAGAUGAUGCUGUCUUUCGCCAGUUGGCACUUUCUUUUGCCAAGGAGAAUGGUCCAAUGUUUGAAGGUCAUCCUUGUAAAAAGCUGUAUCCUGAUGAAUAUUUUGCUUGGGGGAUAACAAAUGGUGCAAAUUGGUAUAAUGUACCAGGUGGUAUGCAGGACUGGAACUAUCUUCAUACAAAUUGCUUUGAAGUUACUAUUGAAUUGGGUUGUAUUAAAUUCCCCUACGACAAUGAUCUCCCAAAGUAUUGGAAGCAAAAUAAAAGGUCUCUUCUACAGUUUAUGAAACAAGUGCACCGUGGUGUGAAGGGAUUUGUAAUUGAUGCCACAAAUGGAAAAGGAAUUUUCAAUGCUACCAUCAUUGUUGCUGAAGUGAACCAUCCAGUGAGAUCUGCUAAAGAUGGAGAUUACUGGCGUCUGCUUGUUCCCGGUGUCUACAAGAUUACUGCUUCAGCUCGAGGGUAUGUCCCAAUGACUAGGAAUGUGACAGUCAUGGAAGAAGCAAUAGAAGUCAAUUUCACCCUUUCACGUGUUGCAGAUGGCCAUGACAAUGGCCUUGAUCAGGUGCUGACCAAGUCCUCGGCAGACUCAGGGCAGGAGUUUGAAAAACUUAUAAAGAGUUUGUCCUCGGAUGAUGGAUUGCAUAAUCUGAUUUUGUCUGCACCUGUCGACCUUAAUCUGUACCGCUACCAUGACUACAAAGACCUGUCUGAAGCUCUUCGUGGACUACAUAGCAACUAUCCAGCGAUUACCAAAUUGAACAGUUUCGGCCAGAGCGUAGAAGUCCGCCAUAUUUGGGCCCUGGAAAUAUCAGAUAAACCUGGAAUAAAAGAACUUGCAGAACCGAAAAUUAAGUUUAUUGCUGGAGUUCACGGCAAUGCACCUGUUGGGACAGAGCUGCUUCUGGCAUUUGCAGAGUUUCUUUGCAUUCUUUUUGGGAAAAACCAGGCUGUUACAAAGUUAAUUGAGCAUACAAAGAUUAUGAUCGUACCAUCAGUGAAUCCUGAUGGUAGAGAAAUUGCACAAGAGGGACAGUGUACAUCCAAAGUUGGGCAAACUAACAUACAUGGCAAAGAUCUUGACACUGAUUUUACAGGGAACUCAUUGGAGCAAUUAGCAGAGAUGCAGCCUGAGACCAGAGACAUUGUCAGGAACCUGAUCCUCAACCAAGGAUUUACACUGUCUGUUGUUUUAGACGGUGGCUCUCUCCUUACCACAUAUCCUUACGAUAAGCCUGUACAAACAGUGGAGAAUGAGGAAACCCUAAAAUAUCUGGCAAAUGUGUACUCUAACAAUCACCCUAAAAUGCAUCUGGGUCAUCCAGGGUGUCCUAACAACACAGAUGAAAACAUUCCUGGUGGUGUUAUACGUGGUGCCCAGUGGCAUGGCCACAUGCACAGUAUGAAGGAUUUUACUGUUACCUAUGGUCACUGUCCUGAGAUCACAGUUUACACAGGCUGCUGUAAAUUUCCACAAGCAAAAGAGCUUGCUGCAAUUUGGCAUGAUAACAAGAAGUCUCUUCUCAGCAUGCUUGUUGAGGUUCAUAAAGGUUUGCGUGGAAAGGUUACAGAUCAUGAUGGAAAUCCCAUUCCAAAAGCUGAUAUUAUUCUGAAUGAAGGUGUUAAAGUUCCAACUUCAGAGGCGGGCUACUUCCACAUUCUGCUAGCUCCAGGAUCACACGAUAUUGAUGCACUUGCAGAAGGAUACCAGCAUCAGCGCAAACAGGUAUUUGUAUCAUCGUAUGAAGCUGCCACCACUUUGGUAAUAGCUGUUGAGCUGGAUAAUAAGUUGUUUGGCCUGCCUAGAGAACUGGUGGUGACAGCAGCAGGUGCAGCUUUGUCAGCAAUAAUUGUGACUGCCUGUAUUGUUUGGUGCGUUUGCUCCUUCAAAUCCAAUCACCAAAAGGAUGGCUUUCAUCGUUUGAGGCAGCAUCGAGAUGAAUAUGAAGAUGAGAUCCGAAUGAUGUCAAUGGGUUCAAAGAAAUCUCUUCUCAGCAACGAGUUUCAGGAUGAAACUGAUAGUGAUGAAGACACACUGUAUGUUAAUAAACAUUAAUGUAUCAAGCCAGCCCUGCUGGUCUGAUAGUACUAUUCAUCUUUUUGCCAAGUAAAAUGAACAAAUGUGUCAUUACCUUAAAAGAGGAUAUGCCUGAUCUACUGCACGUGGCGCUGGGUGGAAGUCUUGAAGUGAUUUCUGUGACAUUCUUAGUUAUCCUUUUGGGAAAAGUAGAUGCUCCAAGAAUGAAUAACAACUUGCACCAUCACUUAAGAAUUGCACAUCUCUCGAUAUGACCGCUAGCUUGUAUACAAUGGUUGAAGGUCAGCCACACGAAUGUUGUUGCACCAUAUCUACCAUCUGAGCCUCUGCCUAUCAUAAUAAUUUUUAACUAACAGCUAAUGGUUAAAGAUGCAGUACAUCUUUUUUCUUUUAUAUAAUUAAAAAAAAUACAAAAGCAUUGAUGCACAAUCUACUUUAUAAACCUCCAACCAUUCAUAAUGACCUUUGGGGACUCCACUAUAUUUUAUACAAAUAUAGUUUUGAAAUAAAGGGGUGGGGGCAAGAUGAAAUUUUGCACUUCGAUGCUGUAAAAUUUAUACAGGUUGUACAUGCUACUUUUAAAUGAUGAGCAUAUUUUAAUCUAAGGUGCACUGCAGCUUUAUGCCGUGCAUGAAUGUUGCCAAUAGUGUAAAGGAGGGAAAAACACUCUUCUUGCAAUCAACCUUAAUAUAAUUUAGGAUUUGGACAUUUGUGUUUUUUUUUUGUUCCAUUCCAAUUGUGUAUGGUUCACUUGUAUUUCAGUCCAUUAAAUCUAAUAAUGUUACAAGUUAGGAACAAACUACCAUUGGUGAUAUUAAAGUAAUUCAUAAACUGAAUGUAAGAAGAUUCAACAAUAACAAUCAAUGUGCAGAAGUGCUUGAUAUAUUCUUUACACUUCAUGAUUAUCAUUAUACAGCACUCGAAAGCUAAACAAUUCUUGAGUUGCACAGGCUAUGUAAAGAGAAAGCAAACCAAAUGAACCAUUUCUAGUGUCUUCAAUAUUGUUUUCAAUUUUUGUUGUUCUUGAAUUGGUUUCUUGAUGCACACUGGAUUAUUUUAUAGUUGGAGUACCCUCAAUUACAAUUAUAAAUGUUAAUAGAGAAACUGGGCACUUAAUUUUUAAAGGUGCCCUUUUAGUAUAAGAAAAAUACAAUUAUGAAGUACUGUUACUGAGAUGGAAAUUGCUUAAGCUGAAUCAUGAUGGUAAAGGUGGUAACUGGAAAGCAAAAUGAGAACUUGUGGUCCUAUUGUAUGCUGUUUGAAGCAUUUUUUUUCAUAAUUUUUAUAAUCUCAAACCUGGGUGUAAAUUUUUUCAGUAUAACGUAGAGGUUAUUGAAUUUCAGUGGAGAAUUAUAGAAUAAUGAACUCUGUACAAAUGUGUGAGUGUAUGUCUGUGUGAAUGUUUUCAGUGUGUGCCACUGAAUGUACACCUGAUUUGCCUAAAUACAGUAUAUGAUCACCAGAAAUACAGCAUUGCCAAAAACACCUGAUUCAUAGUUAUAUAUCAGUCGGUCCAUGGGAAAUGUUUUGCUGUAUCUGAUGUUUUCCAGCUCUGUUUUGGAGGAUUACUUCAAAUGUUGUUGUUGUCAUCAUUAAUUUGUACCAUUUUUGCACAGGACUUUAGUCAAUAUUGUGUAUUUGAUUAUAUACUGUGAUGCCUUAAAUUUUUCAUAUUGCUUUCAUUUUGUGGUAAUGUCACUGGAUAUCAGUGAAAGGGUUUGGCAUCAAAAAAUAAAUGCUUUAUUGAGCAUAAUUUAUGGUGUUUAUGGUGGUAUGUACAGCUAAACAGCAGUGGUAUUUAGUUAAACCUUCACUUGUUUUAAUGAUGGGUAUGUCAAAAGUAACAAGAUGGAAACAUUGUAUAUAAGUAAGCAGCAAGUCUGAUUUAGAAUAGUUUUGAUUUCUUUCCAUUAUUUUGUUUUGUAUUCUCUAAUCAUUCUUCAUGUUGGUCAUCAGUUGGGAAGUCUAUCUCCAAAUUUGAAAUAACAAAUAAAAUAUAUUUUUGUCUUAAAACGUGCCUAUUCUGAC